GCUGGGCAUGCUCAGUGCCUCUGGCGUGUCGGGCUGCUGCUAGCUGCACUGGCAGCAGAGGCGCUGCCUGGCUCGGAGGCUGGCACUGGAGUCCACCCCACUGUCACUGCCGGAUGCAGGCUUCCAGGAGGCCAAGCUCUCGCCUCCUCCGAGACCCUUGCCUCCACCAACCUCAUCACUGGCAGCAUCCUACUCUCCACCUCUCCAUCCUUUAAGGGUGGUGAAGCCAGUGCUCGGUUCCCUCGGCGCGCCACAGACCGCCCUGCGAACCCCAGCCGAGGACCCUGUCAUCGGAUGCACAGGAUCAGAGGACUCUUGGCAGUGGUUCUCUCCAGUAGCACUUUGCCUGGAGUGGAGUCGCGGCGGAGUUUCUCCUCCGCCCCUCAAUGCGCACACUAUGAGGAGGGCAGUCGGCUUCCCUGCACUGUGCCUGCUGCUCAGUCUUCACGCUGCAGAGUGUUCUUCGGGAAAUAAUGAUCACUUUUUGGACAUUCGUCAAAAGAAGAGUUGGAAGCCAGUGUUCCUCUAUCACCGUUCACAGGGUAUCCAGAAGAGCCUGGACACAGCUCAAGAGGGAUAUAGAUAUAACUACCAUUCCCUUUCUGAGGUUCAAAUAAGCAAGCAUCACCAAAUCAUUAAUUCAGCAUUUCCUAGACCUGCAUAUGACCCAUCUCUUAAUCUGUUGGCUGUGUCUGGUCAAGAUCUUGAAAUAGAAAACCUCCCAAUCCCGGCAGCAAAUGUCAUUGUGGUGACACUGCAAAUGGAUACAAACAAGCUGAACAUAACAUUGCUUCGGAUCUUCCGCCAAGGAGUAGCCGCAGCCUUGGGACUCUUACCCCAGCAAGUGCACAUCAACCGUCUCGUUGAAAAGAAGAGACAUGUUGAGUUGUUUGUGUCUCCUGUAAACUGGAAGCCAGGAGAGCCGCAGGCCCUGCUGGCUGAGGAAGUGCUGCGUUCGCUUAACGUCGACGUUUUGCAUCAGAGUUUACCGCAGUUUGGAAUUACAGACAUCUCCCCUGAGAAAAAUGUUUUACAAGGGCAGCACGAAGCAGACAAAAUCUGGAGCAAAGAAGGAUUUUACGCUGUCGUCAUUUUCCUCAGCAUCUUUGUUAUUAUAGUAACCUGUUUGAUGAUUAUUUAUAGGUUAAAAGAAAGGUUUCAGCUUUCCUUGAGACAGGAUAAAGAGAAAAACCAGGCGAUCCACCUGUCACCAAUUGCGUUGCAGCCAAUACCAUCAGAGGCCAAGGCAGCCCACAGCAUGGUCCAGCCUGAGCAAACGCCAGGUGUACUGAAUGUCAUUGUGGACCCUCAAGGCCGAUGCACUCCUGAGAUUAAAAACCCCAUCUCUACCUCCGUCUGCCCUUCUCCCUUCAAGAUGAAGCCUAUCGGACUUCAGGAGCGACGAGGGUCAAAUGUAUCGCUUACACUGGACAUGAGUAGCCUGGGAACUGUGGAGCCCUUUGUGGCCGUCCCAACCCCCCGGGAGAAAGUCGCCAUGGAGUACCUGCAGUCAGCCAGCCGCGUUCUCACGAGGCCACAGCUGAGGGACGUGGUGGCAAGUUCCCACUUACUUCAAAGUGAAUUCAUGGAAAUUCCAAUGAACUUUGUGGAUCCCAAAGAAAUUGAUAUUCCACGCCAUGGAACUAAAAAUCGUUAUAAGACCAUUUUGCCAAAUCCCCUCAGCAGAGUGUGUUUAAGACCAAAAAAUACAACCGAUCUGUUGAGCACUUACAUUAAUGCUAAUUACAUCCGGGGCUACAGUGGUAAGGAGAAAGCUUUCAUCGCCACACAGGGCCCCAUGAUCAACACUGUGAAUGACUUCUGGCAGAUGGUCUGGCAAGAAGACAGCCCUGUCAUUGUUAUGAUCACAAAACUCAAAGAGAAAAAUGAGAAAUGUGUGCUCUACUGGCCAGAAAAGAGGGGGAUUUACGGCAAAGUUGAGGUUCUGGUCGUUGGUGUAAAUGAGUGGGAAAACUACACCGUUCGAAACCUCGUCUUAAAGCAAGGAAGUCACACCCAGCAUGUGAAGCAUUACUGGUACACUUCAUGGCCUGAUCACAAGACUCCAGACAGUGCCCAGCCCCUUCUGCAGCUCAUGCUGGAUGUGGAAGAAGACAGACUCGCCUCUGAGGGCCGAGGGCCUGUGGUUGUCCACUGCAGUGCUGGGAUUGGGAGGACUGGGUGUUUCAUCGCUACAUCUAUUGGCUGUCAACAGUUGAAAGAAGAAGGAGUUGUGGACACACUAAGUAUUGUCUGCCAGCUUCGUGUGGACAGGGGCGGCAUGGUCCAAACCAGUGAGCAGUAUGAAUUUGUGCACCAUGCUCUGUGCCUGUUUGAGAGCAGACUUUCACCAGAGACUGUCCAGUGACUCUGAAGAUUUACCAGAGCGUCAGUCUCUCACCUACCGGAGGCUCCUAGAAGGAGCUCUCUGCAAUGGAUGAGGAGUCCAGAGCCAGCCUGAGGCAUGGGUUGUGGAAGACCUGGCAACAUAAAAGAUUGCCAGCCCUUUGUGUAUAGGAAUGCAUUUGUAGGAGCCCUCCCAAAUUAUUUUGAGGGUCCGAUGCUAAUGGAGGUAUGAUAAUUUCUCACACAGCCUGAGGAGGCUUUUGUUUUGUCUGGGUUGACUAUCUGCUGCACAGAAUCUAUGUAUGUAAUAUACAGUGACUGUCAUUGUGACGACGGGACACGCUGCUGAAGAUGUCGUUACCAUGCGUUUAGAUGCUUUAAUGUCCAUAAGGCCUGUCUUGUGACUGGACUGUCAGUUGAUCAACUGCUCCUGUUUUAAGUGCUAUUUCCUAACUCAGUUACCAGAAUCUUGCUGCUAAAGUUGCAAGUUGAUUGAUAACAGAUUUUUAACAAGUAUGUUUUUGUUUUUGGGGAAAAAAAGUCAAAUACACUAACUAUUUUAUAUGGAAAUAUGUCUUGAUUAUAUCUACUAAAUGUGUAUUUAUAGUACCUCCUAUGGAUCAAUUACAGAGCACAAUGAUUGUCAUUGGAUGUAUAUAUGAAUAUAUAUACACAUAUAUAUUCUGUUAUUAGGCAUAGAGGUGGCUCCUGUUUCAUAACUGUAACCACUAGAUUUCUACGUUGUGACUUGCUUUACUUUAAAAGGGGAUAGACAAAUUUGCAAUCGUUAUGAAGCACCGAUCAUUUUGAAUGCUCAUCUCUCUUUUACUGACAAGGGAUUGUUGAAUUUGCUGUCUACCCGCAAUCUCUCUCCCAGUAAGAGGCAGGUACCUUUGGGGAUGUUCCAGCCUGUCUGGUUCCCAAAGCUCUUCUGAGGACACUGCUGUGCGUGUCCCUACAUUUCUAAAAGGUUUCAUUCCUCAAGAGAUAAACGAAGGGAAAAUAACUAUGCUCAGAAAACAGGAGACCUUUUCCUCACCUGUGAAUUUUCAAUGCAACAAAGUGGACUUUCUUUCAUACCACCAAUAAAUGACUCUUAACAGUAAA